CCUAAUCCUAGGUAUUGUUACUAGGUAUUCAGACGCUCAGACUUUAAAGAGCAGUCCCCAGUAUCCCUGGGUAUCACUGCAUACAAUGAGGCUCCUAGGUGCAGUGCUUUUUUGUUCUUCUUUGCGGCUCAUAGUUUGUGGCAAUGAGGUUCUAACCGACGCUGACUGUGAUGACCAAAGUAUCUUUGAGGCAGUAGAUCUGGCACUGAACGUAUAUAACAUUGAGAAAGAAGACGGAAACCAGCUUAUGCUCUACAGGAUCACAGAUGCCAAGACAAGGCUAGAAAAUGAUAAUCUGCUACAUACCUUUGUCAGUUAUGAUGUGCGUGAAAGUUCAUGUGGAGUAAAGAGUGGCAAAUUAUGGCAGGAAUGUGACUACAAAACACCAGAAAUAGCAUUGGGAAAAUGCUCAGUACAUGUUCUCGUCAACACAGAGCAUAAAAGCAGCGACGUUGUUUCCCAAAACUGCAGCUUGCCUAUAGUGGAACCUACAGUUUCUGUUGUCCAGCUGCCCUGCCUUGGAUGCGAUGUACAUAUUGACACCAACAAUGAAGAGGUGUUGAAAAAUGUGCAGGCAGCAAUAGAAAGAAUGAACAGUUUGGGAAACCACCCCUUUCUCUUUGAUGUGGAGGACAUUCAAAAGGCCACUCGCCAGGUGGUGAGGGGAUGGAUUUAUAAAAUUGAGUAUAAGGUCAGACAAACCAAUUGCUCUAAAAGCAUAUUUUCAAGCGUAACCUCAGAAGAAUGCGAACUUGAUAAAGAUGGACAACCAGGUCACUGUAAAAGUCGUGUGUUUGUAACGCCUAAAGGAGAAAUUAAUGACAUAUCACUGGAAUGCAUCUCAGACACAGGGUUUUGUCUUAGCUGUCCUAAUGAAGUAGAACCACGUGAUCCAGUCCUUCUGAAUUUGCUAAAAGAUGUCAUCAAUGAAUACAAUUCAAAUAGUAACAAUACAUACCUUUUUAACGUUCUGACUGUUGUGAAAGCCACAAAACAGGCUUCCAAUGGAAUAAUAUAUGAUGUAAAUUUUAAAAUUAAAGAGACCAACUGUACAAAGCUUGAUUAUGUUUUCCUGGAAGAAGAAUGUCAUUCCUUACCAUCUGCAGAAAUUUUAAGCUGUAAUGCCAAUAUAAAUGUAACAGAUAAAAACACCCGCUCCAGUUAUGAAUGCUCAACCCAACCUCUGUUUACAUCGGCAUCACGUAUUUCGCUAAAGGGUCUUUCCCCACUCCGUAUGAGUUUACCUGAAUCGAGAGUUUUGAGACGAGCCGUACGGGGGCUGAAGAAAUCAAAAUGUGGUCCAAAUCAUAAAGGAAACAAGGGAAAUAAACAUGGGAAAAAAGAUAAGAAAAAACCCAAUCACAAGCAUUGUGACUCUUCUGAAGAAUCCGGAGAAGAUGAAAGGAAAGAAUAUGAUGUAACAGUAAAACCACCUGUGCCAGCAACUACAACUCAAAUUAUAAAGGUCUUCCAGACAACCCAAAUACCAAUAGUGAGUUUAGAUCAUGGAGAAGAAACGACACAUAUUACCCCUCCUCUAUUUCCCGUUAUUCCAUCAUUGCCAGAGGAUGAAGGGAUUUUCCCAAAUAUUCAUGAUGAUGUUUUGUUAGAUCUGCCAGACUUAGAAACUGCCCCAAGAUGCCCUGGGAAGCUGUGGCAACGGAGAGGUUCACUUGGGCCAGUUACUACAUUGAAACCACAUAUAUCCCCAAGUGGUAUACCUUCACAUGACCAAGCACAGGAACAAAAAUCUCCUCAACCUUUUACAGAUGAAGAUCUAUUAAGUAUUCUAGAUUUUAAGCGUUAGCCAACCACAAGCUAAAUACAAAAUGAAAUUAAACCCAUCAAUUAUAACAUCUAGGUUUAACAUACACAUUUGCAUAAGAUAGUAGGGCAACAUUGUCACUCUUGUCUGUAACACUUUGAAAACAUUCCUGAACAUCUGAAAGUAAAACACUAUAUUUGGAAUUUUUUACAAUAUAAUGAACUGAUGAUUUAUAAUAGUAAUGUGCUUAAAAUUUUAGGUAUAAAAACACAAUAAAAAUGCCAGAUGAAUGUUUUCA